AUGAGCGCCCAGCCCCAGACACCAAGAACCAUCAACGCACCGAUGUCUGAGGGUAUCAGCCUGGGUGUCAAGUGUGAACAGCUGACGCAGCCAGACUCUUUGAGUGUGCUUUUAGGUCACCCUCUGACCAUCACCUUGGAGCUUCUUCUGGUCCAAAGUAAGGAGUCAAGAUCACAGACACUCUUAUGCUGCGGAUGGGUCUUCAACGCUCAUAUUAGAUGGUUUAACGAGUCUCAGCAAAGAUCUCCAACAACCACUGAUCUCAGCAUGAGUGUAGAUGGACAUGCUGGAGUGACCAGCCAACUUAUAAUUGAUCACUCUGAGUGGAAGAUCUUCGCUUGUACAGUAUCUGACAGGUCUAUGAAUAAAAAUAUCACAAGAAAUGUCAAUCUCUGUACAGUACCUCCAUCAUCCUCACAGCUAGUUGGGGUUUAUGUUCAGGGACCAUCACCACUGCAACAGCCUGAGAACAAAGGACCCGUGACUGUUAUCUGUCUUCUGGUUGCCCCUAGUGUUAAUGAUUUCUCCAUCACCUGGAAAUCAGCGGGCACCAAAAUUCCUGACUGUUAUGUCCUUACUAAUCCUGCAGUGAGUCACAACAAUGGGACGGAGACUUAACAGAGCUUCCUUAAUGUGUCCGCAGAAAAUUGUGAUGCAGAUAAACAAGGGUUUUGUGAAGGAAAACAUCCAUGUUCCAAUCAGGGCAAUGAAGACCAUAUAAGCAAAAACAGAGACCUUUGUGUGCCAACAGUGAAGAUAAUGCAACCAACUGCCUCUGAACUUUCAGUGUCUGACAUCCUAACGCUUGUUUGCCUAGUGUCUGGAUUUUUCCCUGCUAACAUCUUAGUGUACUGGGGAAACAUAUCCAAAAUUGAAGACAAAAGGUCUACCUAUUCCUGUGUUGUCAAACAUGAGUCAUCUGAAGCACUUGUUGAAGCCACCAUAACUGAUGUGUUUGCCUCAGUGAUCUACAGCCAACCAUCUGCCUACUUGUUUCAGGGCUCUAAUGAACUCGUGUGCCUGGUUUUUGGCUUCAGUCCUGUAUCCAUUAACAUCACUGGUUUUCUAAAUGGAGACAAAGAACUGCUGAACUACAACACUAGUGACCCCAAAGAUGCCCAGAUGGAAAGUUCAGUUCCAGAGCCACCUUGACCUGUCCCAAGUAAAAGAAGUGUGUUUUAUUUGAUGAUAUUGAGCAUGCUGAUGUGAGCUGAGGAAAGCUGGAAUGCAGUUUUCACCCUCAUUGGUUUUUUCAUCAUCACCACUUUAUAUGGUAUCAUAGCUACAUUGAUUAAGAUAAGCGCCUGUCAUUUGAUUGUUUAAAAGUAAGAUUCCAGUCCAAUUUUUAAAUUAUACCGUGCAUU